AAUUUCUCACCAGUCGAGCAAGCAUCUGUCAUCUGCUCUGCGAUUCUAUCCUUGCGAGUUCGUGUAAAGAUUUCGAAGCUAAUUGCAUUGUGCGAUACUAUUUCGUGAUUAAAUGGCAUCAAAAACUCCAAUGCUUCGUGCCGCUGCGGUUCGCGGGUUUGCUGCUCAAGCACAAGCAGCAGCAAGCCGUGGCAGCGGAGAAGCUCAAUGCACCACCCUACCAAACAAGUUGACGGUGGCUUCUGCUGAACCGAAUGCUGCUGUGGUCAGGGUUUCUAUUGCUUAUCGAGCUGGAUCUCGCAACGAAACCGCUGAAAAUCUUGGUGCUUCGCAUGUCCUCCGAGCAGCGGCUGGGCUUUCUACGAAGACUGCCACCGGAUUUGGCAUCACUCGCAAUUUACAACAAGUCGGUGGGUCGUUGACUGCAACCGGCGAUCGUGAGCUGGUCACUUAUACUGUAGCCGUGACCAAAGAUCACUUGGAAACUGGUUUGAAAUAUUUGGAAGCAGCCGCAACCGGUCAUGUUUUCAAGCCAUGGGAACUUGCUGAUUUAACUACGUUGAUCAAGGGAGACAUCGCACGAGUCCCAGUGGAAGUGCAGGCCGUGGAAGCUCUGCAUAAGGCUGCCUUCCAUACCGGUUUGGGCAACUCCGUGUUUUGCCCGAAGUAUAUGGCUGGAAAGCAUUCUUCGGAGACAAUGCAACAUUUCGCAGCUUCUAAUUGUACCGCAAAUCGGGCAGCAGUUUCCGGAGUGGGCGUUGACCAUCAAUUGCUGGUCGGAUUCGCUCAGUCUUUGAGUUUGGAAUCCGGUGCUGGUAGUGAAUCGAAAUCCAGCUUUAACAGUAGCGAAAUUCGUCAUGAGCGUGGAGGUUCGCGCGCGGCAGUAGCUGUUGCUGCACAAGCAGUUGGUUGGAACAAUCUGAAGGAAUGUUUGGCUUACAUUGUGCUACAGGCUGCUGCCGGAUCGGGACCGGUUACCAAACGUGGAGCCAAUAAUGGCCUGCUUACCAGACAGUUAGGCAGCGGUGUAGAGUCGAGCUCCCUUAACUCCACCUAUACCGAUAAUGGUCUGUUCGGAUUCGUAGUGGCUGGUAAAGGUAAGGAAGUCGGUCAAGCCGUUGAAGCUGGAGUCAAGGGUUUGAAGUCAUUGAGCGUCAGCGAUGCGGAUGUCGCUCGCGGUAAGGCCGUUACUUUGGCCUGGAUUCUGGAUUAUCUGGAAAACCAUUCAACACUGGCAUUUGAUCUGGGUGAGCAGGCUGCUUUGCUCGGACAAAUUUACGGUAAAAAUGAACUUGCUGCCGCCAUCAAUGGGGUGACCACCGGCGAUGUACAAGCUGCUGCCAAAAAAGUUGCAUCUAGUAAAUUAGCCAUUGGUGCGGUUGGAAAUUUGAGCAGCGUUCCGUAUCUGUGCAAUUUGCAUUAGAUUUGUAGCCAACAAGAUUAAUCGAGAAGGCGCCUGUAGCUGUUUCCUUCACGCAACGGACAUGAUAAUCGUGAAAAAGGAAACCCAAAAAUUAAGUGAAAGUACUCGGAGUAUCAUAACGAGAAUAAAAUGUGGUUAAAUAGGUUAUUUUGUCUUAGUUGCAACUGUAAUGACUGCCCAACUAUUGCAAGAACAGAAAUUGUUACGAUGUCACAGAGGUGUUUUGUAGCUUUAGUUACAAAGCAAUGUUUUACUCCGGUGUAAAAUCACAAAGCUACUUUCGAAGUUACAACGUUCAAGAGUCAUAACUUGUUAUUAAUUUAAAAUUUAAGAAUUGAAUUUCGGAUGUAGUGAUCGUCUUUCUUGGAUUUUUUGUUAAAUUAUAUCCCAUUUGACUUGAAGCCGAUAAACAAAAAUAUAC